AUGCUCUCUACGUUACCAGCAGAGCUACUGCUCUCAAUAGCAAGCUAUCUUGAUAGCCACACGGACACUCUGCGGCUCGCAUCCAGCUGCCGUACCCUUUAUCCACUUUUGUUACCCAAGGUUUUUACAUCGCUCGACCUGAUACAGCAACAAAAUGGCCAAUUGAGUCAUCUGGUACACACACUCGCAUUCAAGCCGGCAUUAGCGCAGGAAGUGCGCACCCUCCGUGUCUCCCAUGGCUUGCGACCGACUUCCGGAGUGCGAUAUGAACAGGAGGUUGUCCUGCCAAUUCUGAAAUCAGCCCGGAUACCCAACGACAACCUAUCCAUGUGGGAUCGGGAACUACAGAGUGAAGAGAAUAAUGAUGCAUGGACAGUUCUGCUUCUGGCCCUCUUGCCUAAUCUGCAGGACCUAGUCCUGCAGGUUCAUGAAUAUUCAAACUACACUCUCGAGUGGAUGGCCAGGACUGCCGAAAAAGAAAGUUCUGCUUUAUCACAAUUAAGACACCUCACAGUUGUGUGCUCUGAUACAGAUGGUGGUCUUAGCUCAGAGAACUUUCUGCCAAUACUUCGGCUGCCCUCGUUACGAAGCUUUUGUGGCCAUAUGAUAUGUGAUGGUGGUAGCACUGAUGAGGAAUAUGCCGAAGAUCAAGAGUUUCAUGCGGCCAGCUAUGUCCCUGACAAGACUCGGUACUCUAAUGUCACACAUAUCCACCUCAAGUCCAGCUGUUCUCGAAGAGGCUUUGCAGAAUUGAUCGCUGCACCCAAAAGUCUCGAAUCUUUCAUCUUUGAACAUUCCAAUAACCCAAAUUACUCGGAUGAUGAUGGGAUGUACGCGUCAAGAUACUACCCACCAUUGCUGAGACAUCGAGAGACCUUGCAAACGUUAAUUCUAACCGACGAGUGCACCGAUGAUUAUGCUGCUUAUCAGAGUCACGACUAUGAUUACGUCGGGUCAUUUGCGGGAUUCAGUGCGCUGAAGAAAGUUCGGCUGCAGAUAUCUCAUAUACUAGACUGGAACCAGGACUGGGGCAACCGAGGCAAGACAUCAACUAAUAGAUUUAGUGAUAUUUUGCCUCUAUCGCUAGAAAGUCUAGUCCUCGAUGACCUAGAGACAGAGCAUACAGCUGAACUAGCCGAGGCGUUCAAAGACCUGCUUUUAGGAGGGAGGUGCUGCUGCCCAAACCUGACUUAUCUAGAGGUCAAGGGAAACUGGAUGCAUGUUCAGCAGUCAACUGAGGAAUCCAACGCUAAACCUCGUCCUAUACCUGCAAUGUUAGAGGAGUUUGCGGACUUCAAGGUGGAACUUGACUUGGUAUGUUCGGCUGCGGGAGUUGAGUUUCAUUUACGUGAUUUGCAUGUGGAGGAUAUCAUCAAGCAGAAUUGUUUGUAUGGAUUUUACAGUGACUAG